AUGUUGGGACGCGCCCUGGCCGGCCCCCUUUCCACGCGGAGCGCCGCCAUCAGCGCCGCCCGGCGUGCCCCGCAUCUUGCCAUCCGGCAGUUGUUUUCCCCUUCGGGUCCGGCCGAGACGUUGACUGCUCGCACUCCGGGCCCUGGUCCGGUGGGUGGUUCGAUUGGCGGAGCCCCACUUUCGGCGCUGUACCUCCACCAGGGCCCCGGUGCCUCUUGGCAGCGUGCCAUGUUUUCCACCACCGCCUGUGCCGGCGCCGCCACGGCCGCGGUCCCGCCGCCUGCCGGGUCCCUACGCGAGCCGUCGUACUUCGACGGCUUGGCAUCCUUCCGCCUGCCGGUGGACUUUCUCCGGACAUAUGCCGGCCGGCCGGUGCCCUUUGGCUUCAAUGGGCUCGGGCAUGUGGUUUUCCAUCGGACCUACUCCCGGGUGAAGACGCCCGACUCGCUGGCGGUCUGCCUGUACGGCGAGGUCGAGGGCGGGGACAAUCCCGACGCCGGUGUCGGUCAGUAUGAGCAAUGGUGGGAGACCGUUGCUCGCGUGGUGACCGGCACCUUCCGCAUGCAGGAGCGCUGGUGCCGUGCGCAUCACAUUGGCUGGGAUGAGUCCCAGGCCCUGGCCGAGGCCACGGAAAUGUAUGACGCCAUGUUCCACAUGCGCUUUCUCCCGCCCGGUCGUGGGCUCUGGGCCAUGGGGUCCGAGCUGACAGAGAACCCGGCCCGGCGCGCCGAUGCCCAAGCGGCUCUCUUCAAUUGUGGGUUCCCGGCCUGGCGGCGUGGGCCCCGGUCCAUGGGCGACUUGCUGGCCGAUGCCGGAUCCGAAACCCGGCCCUCGCGCCCAUUCUCCUUCCUGAUGGACGGGGCCAUGCUCGGCGUGGGCAUCGGGUUUGACACGGCCGCCGCGUAUCCCGCCCCGCCGGCCGGCACUCCUGACACCCCGGCCACCGAAGCUCACCGGGCGACCGACCGGCUGACUUUCCUCUUCCGGGUGCCGGACUCGCGCCUGGGCUGGGUCGAGUCGGUGGCCCUGCUGGUGGACUCGUACCUGAUCCCGGGAUCGCCGGCGGUGCGCUUCGACUAUGGGGACAUCCGCCCGGCCGGGGCGCCGGUGCGGGGCUUCGGGGGGAAGGCCCUCGGGCCGGAUCCGCUGCGGCGCCUGCACGCCGAGCUUCGGGGCAUUUUGUCGGCCGCGGCGGCCGGCACCGAGUGGCGUGGGAUUCCCCUGGAGCCGGGGGCUUCGCACCCGGUCGACGAUCGCCAUGCCUCCACUCGGCCGGCGGUCGGCCGGAUGACCUCCACCACCGUGGUGGACAUCAUGAAUAUCAUUGGCAAGUGCAUUGUCUCCGGGGGCGUCCGAGCGACGGCCGAGUUGGCCCUCGGAUCGCCGCAUGACCCGGCCUAUGCGGCUCUCAAGCAGUAUGCCCCCUCGGCCGAGGGGGAAGGCCCCGAUGGAAGCCCCGGCCCGGGGGAGGCCCCCCUCACUGACAACUCGCACCGCAUGGCCUUCGGCUGGACAUCCAACAACUCGGUGGUGGCGCCGGUCGGGCUGGCGGCCAUCGACGGCCCGCGGGUCAUUCGGCAUUUGGCGGAAAACGGCGAGCCCGGGCUCUUCUUCCUGGACACCGCCCGUGAGUUUGGUCGCCUGGUGGACCCGGCGGAUUGGGCUGACAUCCGGGCGGCCGGGGCCAAUCCCUGUCUCGAGCAGACCCUCGAGUCCUUUGAGCUGUGUUGCCUGGUGGAGACAUUCCCCUUCCGGCACCUGGGCGGCCAGAGCAUCGGGUCGGCCGCUGGCGGCGGCGCCGGGGAUGCCCCCCGGCGUCUGUUCGUCGAACGCACUCUGCGUAGUGCGAUGCUCUAUGCCAAGACCGUGACCCUGGCCAACACGCACUGGCCGGCCACCAACCGGGCCAUGCUUCGCAACCGGCGUGUGGGCUGCUCCAUGAGCGGCAUCGCGCAGCUUGUCGAGUCCCAGGGUCUUGAGGCUCUGCGCGUCUGGUGUGACGAGGGUUAUGCGGCGGUCAAGAAAUAUGAUGAGCUCUUUUCCGAGCGUUUCGCCAUCCGCAAGUCCAUCAAGCUGACGUCCAUCAAGCCCAGCGGCACGGUUUCUCUGCUGGCUGGUGCCACUCCCGGUCUUCACUACCCCGAGUCGCGGUACUGCAUCCGGCGGGUGCGCAUCCCGUCUGGACCGCCACUGGACACGCCCAACCGCGAUCCCGCCGCGCCGCCUCCUUCGGACUUGGUGCUGGCACUGAUGCGGGCCGGCUACCCGGUGGAGCCGGCCGUCGAGGCUCCGGGAUCCACCUGCGUCGUGGAGUUCCCGGUUGACAUGGGGUCGGUUGGCAUGCCGGCCAAUGUGCCGGGGAACCAGCCGCAGGAGCAGCAGCCGCCGCCGCCGCCGCCGCAGCACGAGCAGCCGAGCACCAUCAUGCGGUCGCUGGACGACGUGACGAUGUGGGAGCAGUUGGCCUUGGCGGCCUUCCUUCAGCGGCACUGGGCCGACAAUCAGGUUAGCUGUACGGUGACCGUGGCCCCCAGUGAGCGGGCGCAAAUCCCCUUUGCCCUGAACUACUACCAGUACCAGCUGAAGGGCAUUAGCUUCCUGCCGCGCAUCGACGCCGGGGCCUACCCGCAGAUGCCGUACGAGCGCAUCUCGCCCGAGGAGUAUCAAAGCCGGGUGGCCCGGAUCCGGCCGAUCGACAUCCCGCGCGGGGUGCCAGGCCUGGCCGGUGUCGGGGGGGUUUCCCCCUCGGAGCGUCUGGUGGCCACGACCCUCGGGGGGGAGGAUGCCCCGGCCGUGCCGCUAGCCGCACAGCAUGCUGCCAACAAUCCGCCCGCCGCCGGCGCCGCCACUCCCAGGCCGAGAGAUGCCACCGGCGGCGAUGACCAUGCCUUCCUCGAGCAAAUGCCGGACCUCUUUUGCGAAACGGACACCUGUGCCAUCCCGCGGUAA